AUGGCUGCCGCUCAAAUUUCGAAUGGAAAUUUUUCUGAAUCAUGUUCUGUCACCAAAACUUUGAAACCACUCGGUACUGCCCCACUUGACGAGGAUACAAUCGCACAUUAUGUAUUACCAUUAUUUUCUUGCAUUUUAAAACGUGAUGUCAAAGAAACUUACCUUGCAAAUCAUUCGUUAGGCCGUCCACUAGACGCAACCAUUAACGAUCUAGCUGAAGGAAUGAAUGCUUGGUAUACCCAUUGGGACGAAGCAUGGGAUUCAUGGUGGAAAGAAAUAGACGCCUGGCGCGCUGCAACAGCGAAUCUUCUGAAUGCAUCCCGUGCUGAUUGUAUCGUACCGAAGACGAGUGCUGGUCAAGGCUUACUUUCUGUACUAAAUAGUUUCGGCACACCACCAUGCGUGCCAACAACUACAGGAGAAUUCGACUCACUCGACCAUAUUCUAAAACAGUAUGCAAUUACUAAUCAUGCCACACUCGAUGAUGUUGACCUUGUGGUUGUCUCUCAUGUAUUCUUUGCUACUGGUCAAAUAUUGGCCGACUUGCCACGGCUUAUAUCUGCUACACAUCAAGCAAAUGUCUAUAUUCUACUUGAUGUCUAUCAUAGUUAUGGUGUGCUACCACUCGAUGUGACUGCACUUGAUAUUGAUUUUGCUGUGGCUGGUAGCUAUAAGUAUUUACGCAGUGGGCUAAGCGCAUGUUGGCUAUAUGUUUCACCUAAAAUAUUGAUGACUGAACGUACUACACGUGAUACUGGAUGGUUUGCGAAGAAAGAUCCAUUUAGUUAUCAUCGCGCUAUACCACCAAUCCUCGCAGAUGGUGGAAAUCGUUGGUUGGAAUCAACAUUCAAUCCUCUGAGUUUCUAUCUGGCGGGUGCAGGGUUAACCUUUGUGACCACAAUUGGAGUAUCUCGUCUUCGAGCUUAG